CGUGCCCCUCUUCUUCCCAAUUUCCUCCCGUCGUGGCAAGUCCGUCAGUCAUCGUCCCGAGCCCAGAGUUAUUUCGCACGACCCACCUACCGCCACCACCCUCCCCUGCCCUGACCGGGAUCGAAUUCAUUGAUAAAACCAGGACCCUGCGCGGGGUGGUCACUCAUCACUGCGCGCGAGGGAGAGGAGCGACGACUAAUUCGAAGCAAGAGAGCGACGCGAUCAGAUCUCUCCGCCCCUCGCCCGCGCCGCGAUGUCUGAUGUGGUGGCCAAGGCCGGGCAGGCGUACAUGAAGCAGCUCGGCGCGCACCCGCUCCGCACCAAGGCCAUCACCUCCGGGGUGCUGGCCGGCUGCAGCGACGUCGUCGCCCAGAAGAUUUCCGGCGUCAAGAAGCUCCAGUUCAGGAGGGUCCUCCUCAUCAUGCUCUACGGACUUGCAUAUGCGGGGCCCUUGGGCCAUUUUCUCCACAAGCUUAUGGACAAGAUAUUCCACGGACAGAAAGGAAAAGAAACUACAGCCAAGAAGGUCAUAGUGGAGCAGCUAACUGUAUCGCCAUGGAACAACUUGAUGUUCAUGAUGUAUUACGGUUUGGUGGUCGAAGGGAGGCCAUUUGGGCAAGUAAAGAGCAAGGUGAAGAAGGACUUUGCUAACAUCCAGAUGACAGCUUGGAAGUUCUGGCCAAUAAUUAGCUGGAUCAACUAUGAGUACAUGCCACUUCAGCUCCGAGUUCUGUUCGCCAGCUCCGCUGCGUCAUGCUGGGGAGUGUUUCUGAAUGUGAAAGCAGCAAGAUCAUCAUCCAUUGCCGGCCCUAGUAAGAAUGCAUAAAUGAAGGAAGGAAGGAAGGAAGGAAGGAAGGA